AUGAAGCAGCUGGAGCCGAUAAAAAAAAUAUACUUUGAUAACGAGGAAGAGGAGGAGGUGGUGGCGGUUGUUGUGGAGGAAGAAGACAACGGCGACAGCGAUGAUGACGAGGAGGACGUUGACGACAACGGUGGCAACGACGAGGAGGACGUCGAUGCCACCGAUACCAACGAGGGGGACGUUGACGAGGAGGAGAACGUCGACGAGGAGGAUGAUCCUCCCCCCUUCCCGAUGAUUGACGUCGAUCAGAUCGACCUCGACGACCUCAUCCGUUUUGGCCUGCAUCUCAUGCAGGUGGACGACGAGGCGGAGCUAUUCUACCUCCUCGUCAACCUGUAUGAGGAGUUGGCGGCUGAAUUGGAGGAGGUUGAUUAA